GCCCCAAGUUCACGAAAUAGACCAGGAAGGGACAAAGAAGAUGGAGGUGAAUAGUGAAACAAGGAAGACCAAGAAGAAGAGGAAGUCGCGUAUCUCCAAGUUUGGUUGUUUCAGAAUCGAACGUGAUGACAAAGGUGAAGGUUUUGAUAUUGAGGUUGUUGAUGCUUCUGGUCAGCGUCCCAAUCCCACCCACUUGAUCAUAAUGGUUAAUGGUCUCAUUGGCAGUGCUCAGAAUUGGAAAUUUGCUGCAAAGCAUUUUCUUAAAAGAUAUCCAGAGGAUACUAUUGUACAUUGCAGUGAAUGCAAUUCUGCGAUGUUGACAUUUGACGGUGUUGAUGUAAUGGGAGAGAGGCUGGCAGUGGAGGUUAUAUCAGUUAUAAAACGUCACCCAAGUGUUCAGAAAAUUUCAUUUGUAGGUCACUCUUUAGGUGGCUUAGUGGCAAGAUAUGCAAUAGCCAGGCUUUAUGGGAGAGACAUUUCUAUGGAACUAUCUCAGGGGAAUGGACAUUGUGAGAGAGAGAUUUCAGAUCAAGAAUGUUAUGAUAGAAAAUAUGAAGGAAAAAUUGCAGGGCUGGAGCCCAUAAAUUUCAUUACCUCUGCAACACCACACCUUGGUUCUAGAGGGCAUAAACAGGUUCCUAUGUUUUGUGGAUUUCGCUCUCUUGAGAAAGCAGUAUCUCGUGUUUCAUGGGUUUUUGGUAAAACAGGAAAACAUCUAUUUUUAACUGAUAGUGACAAUGGAAAACCUCCUCUUCUUCUCCAGAUGGUUCGUGACUCUGAAGAUAUGAAAUUCAUGUCUGCUUUGCAGUCCUUCAAACAUCGUGUUGCCUAUGCAAAUGUGCGUUAUGACCAGCUUGUUGGAUGGAGUACAUCGUCUAUAAGGCGUAGAAAUGAGCUUCCAAAGCGUCGGAAUCUUUCAAGACAUGAGAAGUACCCACAUAUUGUAAAUGUAGAGACAGCAAGAUCUAUUUCUAUUGCUGAAGAAGUUCCUAUUGAAUCCGAAGUGAGUAAUAGAUCCAGCAAAGUUGACAUGGAAGAGGAAAUGAUCAGAAGCUUAACGACAAUGAGCUGGGACCGCAUUGAUGUCAGCUUUAGUGGUAGUAGGCAGAAAUAUCUAGCACAUAACACCAUUCAGGUGAAAACUUACUGUAUCAAUUCUGAUGGAGAAGAUGUGGUCCAGCAUAUGAUUGACAAUUUUCAGUUAUAGAAUUUUCCCACAUUGCCAGCUUCUAAAAGACAGGGUAAUGCCAUUUUUUUUUCUUGACAAGGGGAAGAAAAGGGGUGUUUGUGAACAUUCACUAUCCUGCCUCACUUUAUGGGCUGUAAGUUGGAAAGGAUACAUACCAAGGCUCG